UAUGACUUAAUGGGCCAGGCCCGAAACUUGCAUCUGCAAUCCAUCAAAAAGACACCCCACGCCCAGGGCAAAACCCUCUCCUCUUCCGUCCUCCCCUCACCUUGGCGGCUCCUCGUCCGCCGCCUAUCACCUCUGCAGCUCCUCGCCAUAGCCAGGGUUCUUCAAGAGUUUCAGAACUAGAUAGAGGUUGGGCGAGAUGGGGUUGAGGGACAAGAAGAGGAACCAGAGGCGCGUGCUCUCGCGGCGCUCGGCCGGUCCCCGUUCCGGCGAGGGGAAGGAUUUCCUGCCGUUGGAGGGGAAAGAGAAGAAGAUCCGGGAGAAGCAGCCCGAGGAGCCCGAGAACACGGCCACCGUCCUCUAUAUCGGGCACAUCCCCCAUGGUUUCUAUGAGGACCAGAUGCAAGGUUUCUUUCAGCAGUUUGGGGCUGUUAAGAGGGUCAGAAUUGCCCGGAACCGCAAGACAGGAAAGUCGAAGCAUUAUGGAUUCAUUGAGUUUGAGAACCCUGAUGUGGCGAAGAUUGUAGCUGAUGAGAUGAAUAACUAUCUAUUGUUUGAGCACACCCUACAAAUUGCCCUUGUUCCGCCGGAGAAAGUUCAUGCCAAAUUAUGGAAAGGGGUGCGGAAGGGAUUUGUACCAGUUGACCGGGUAGGAAUUGAAAGGAGGAGGCUUAAUAAGGAUAAAACAGUGGGAGAGCACAAGAAGAUGCUUGAAGGAAUAGUAAAACGGGAUGAGAAGCGUCGCAAAAGAAUCAAGGCUGCCGGUAUCGACUAUGAGUGUCCAGCCCUUAUCGGGAGUGUUCAGCCUUCAGCUAAGAGGAUCAAGUUUGAUGAGGAUUAGCUCUAUAUGGAGGCAGAUGCAUUUUAUCCAGUGGGAGUGACGGGACUGUUGUGUUAAAUAGAACUUUUCUUUUUUUCAGUGAGGACGAGAUGGCAAUUUCGUGUACUUCGGUUUUGUAUGGCAUCUUUAGUCGGUGUUGUAUCAGUGGCAUGACUGGUUUAUCCUCUAUAUCUAAGUAGAGACAACCCACUACCUGAUUUUCCAGUUU